GAAGUGCAAUGCGUUGUAACCGAAUGUGUUGUAGGAUGGCGACAUAGGUUCCUCUAUAAAAUCUAUUUUUGUUUAUUUUAGCUCUGUGCGCUCAGUACUGACAUGGCACACAGAUAUCUCCACCUCUACAGAGGCUGCAGGAAUCUGUACAGAGUUGUUCAGCCUGAUUUAAGGUCACUAAAGGCAGCGCGACUGGUAUCUACACAGACUGAGGCCCUGCAGAAUCGAGCGCUGCUUUCUCGGGUUUUGGACACGUACAGAAGGUUAUGCUCAAAGCCUCCGAAAGGAUUUGAAAAAUACUUCCCGAAAAAUGGCGAGUCCAAACCUCCCAACGCAGAAGCCCAAGAGGCCAAGCCGAACAAUGCGCAGAAGAACUCUGGGAAGUCAGAAGGUGGAGGAGGUGCUGGUGGGGGAGGAGGUAAAAAGGGAGGAAAGAAGGAUGAAAACAACUGGUUCAAUCGUGCCCAAAAGGGGGAUAUUCCAUGGGACGACAAGGACUUCCGGAUGUACGUACUUAUUUCUGCGGCUUUUUGGGCAGCAGUGGCUUAUUACUAUUUCUGGGAUACAGGAAAAGAAGUCACCUGGAAGGACUUUGUUAAUAGCUACCUGGCUAAAGGAGUCGUCGACAGGUUAGAGGUUGUGAACAAGCGCUUUGUGAAAGUUAUACUCACUCCAGGACAAGCGGAAACUGCUGGGAAAUAUGUGUGGUUAAACAUCGGCAGCGUGGACACGUUUGAGCGGAACCUAGAGACGGCUCAGAUGGAGCUGGGUAUCGAAGGGGAGAAAAGACUGCCUGUGGUUUACUCCACUGAGAGCGAUGGAUCCUUCCUGCUCAGCCUGCUUCCCACCGUGCUCAUCAUCGGAUUCCUGCUCUUCAUGCUACGGCGAGGGCCUGCGGGCACUGGGCGGCCUGGCAGGGGCAUGGGUGGCCUGUUUAGUGUCAGCGAGACCACCGCAAAAGUGCUGCGUGAUGAGAUCGACAUCAAAUUCAAGGACGUGGCUGGGUGCGAGGAGGCCAAGCUGGAGAUCAUGGAGUUUGUUAACUUCCUAAAGAACCCCAAGCAGUACCAGGACCUUGGUGCCAAAAUCCCUAAGGGUGCCAUUCUGACCGGACCUCCCGGUACCGGGAAGACCCUGUUAGCGAAGGCAACUGCAGGCGAAGCAAACGUCCCUUUUAUCACCGUUAAUGGCUCCGAAUUCCUAGAGAUGUUCGUGGGUGUCGGUCCAGCCAGGGUUCGAGACCUUUUCGUUCUGGCACGCAAGAAUGCUCCCUGCAUCCUCUUCAUAGACGAAAUCGACGCGGUGGGGAGAAAAAGAGGCAGGGGCAGUUUCGGAGGGCAGAGCGAGCAGGAGAACACACUCAACCAGCUACUCGUGGAGAUGGACGGUUUUAACACUGCAACCAACGUUGUGGUUCUGGCUGGUACGAACAGACCAGACAUCCUGGAUCCAGCACUGAUGAGACCUGGCCGCUUCGACAGGCAGAUUUAUAUCGGCCCUCCAGAUAUCAAAGGCAGAGCAUCGAUAUUUAAAGUCCAUCUAAGACCGCUGAAGCUGAACGCAGAAUUAAACAAGGACAAUCUAGCGAGGAAGAUGGCUGCCCUUACACCUGGCUUCUCAGGUGCUGAUAUUGCUAACGUGUGUAACGAGGCGGCGUUGAUCGCAGCUCGACACCUCUCUGACGACAUCACAGAGAAACAUUUUGAGCAGGCUAUCGAGCGUGUGAUCGGAGGCUUAGAAAAGAAGACACAGGUGUUACAGCCUGAGGAGAAAAAGACCGUAGCAUACCAUGAGGCAGGACACGCCGUAGCUGGGUGGUACCUGGAGCAUGCAGACCCUCUGUUAAAGGUGUCCAUUAUCCCACGAGGUAAAGGUUUGGGCUACGCUCAGUACCUCCCAAAAGAGCAGUACCUCUACACCAAGGAGCAGCUGUUGGACCGGAUGUGCAUGACGCUCGGGGGCCGAAUCGCUGAGGAGAUAUUCUUUGGUCGCAUCACCACUGGAGCACAGGACGACCUGAGGAAGGUGACGCAGAGCGCGUACGCACAGAUAGUGCAGUUUGGGAUGAGUGAGAAGGUGGGUCAGGUGUCGUUCGAUCUUCCUCGGCAGGGAGAUCUGGUUCUGGAUAAGCCGUACAGCGAGGCGACGGCACGUCUGAUAGAUUCUGAGGUGCGGGAUCUCAUUAAUAGCGCCUACGAGCGCACAAAGGUGCUGCUAACAGAGAAGAAGGCAGAUGUGGAGAAGGUGGCGCUGCGCCUUCUGGAAAAGGAGGUGUUGAAUAAGAGCGACAUGGUGGAACUUCUGGGCCAGCGGCCGUUCGUUGAGAAGUCAACGUACGAGGCAUUUGUGGAGGGCACAGGAGGACUGGACGAGGACACGUCACUCCCUGAGGGACUAAAGGACUGGAAUAAAGAACGAGGGAGCGAGAAAGAGGAGAGUACAGAGGAGCAGGUGGCACGUUACAUCGGAGGUGGCAUGCCGUUCUAAACGUAAUCCACCACCAGAGGGUGACAUUUACAGAACUGAGCGAGAAGGAAAUAUAAUGAGGUCUGGUUUAGUUUGGGUCGGGUCGGAUCGGGGCUGGUCAUGUGACCUUCCCUCUGUAUCUCAGGUUGUUGUGUGCUGCAUAGAUAGAGAGAUUAAAGAGGUGUUGUUUUUUUUCUGUUUUUUUGUGGGAUGUGGUAGCUCAGUGGAUCACUGAUUGGAAGAUCCUGAGUUCGAAUCCCAGGUCCACCAAGCUGCAACCUCUGGGCCCCUGAGCAAGACCCUUGUAAAUGUUCUUUUUUAACGGAGAGGGAAGUUGCUAGCUGUUGCUCAGUUCAAAUUUGAAGGUGGGUUUUUGGAUUACGCAGCUAACGAUCCAUAUUUUUGAAUUUUGCUGACUGAAAUGAGCAGAAUUAAUAUAUAGAAUAUGAUGAAUAUCCUUAGGGAAAAUGUAUAUAAAGGAUGAAUGAAAAACAUGUUAAUUUAAAUAGAAACAUCCCUGCUCAUAGUUGCUUCUGUCAAAUACCACACAGUGGAUCGCUCAUUAGAAAAGCAAGACAGCUAUUGUGUUUUCACUAGAUCUGGAAAAAAAUGCAUGAUAUCAUCUGACAUCUUAACACUGUUGUUGAGCACUUGGUUACCGCAUUCUCUGUGGGUUUUUUUUUUUUUUUUUUUUUCAUCUACAGUUUAUGUGCAAUUACAAGAAAAAUAAAUAAAUUUCCACCUACUGAGAAAUGAACUGAUUUUAUAUAGUUGUCCUCGACUUUGACUCUGUACAUAAAGCACGAAGACUUUCACAGAAUGCUUUUAUGAGUCUUUUGCUUAAAUGUAUUUGCAAAUUAAGCCCAAAGGUUGUAUAAUGAGUUAAUGUAGUUUGAAGUAAAUUAAUCUAUUUUUUUCUCUUGCAUUACUCCUUCUUGCUUUAAAACUUCAUUCUCAAGAAUUUGUGACGAUCACAUUUCAAGCAUUUAUCGACCGAAUUAAACAACUGUCUCGUUUUCUCAGUACAAAUGAAUCCACAGAUCUAGUGAACGGAUAUUAGUUUAAAAUAAUGCCAUGAAGAAGCGGGUGCAUCUGUGUGCUUUCUAUAAGCGACUAUAUGUAAAUAUGUAAAACACUUUUUAUAGCUGCUGAAACAUAAGUGACAUUACAAGUAUAAUAUACUUGUUUCAUCCGUUACUAUAAAUAGAUCAAAAUAUGC